CCAGCUCCCCUCAGCCAAUGAAGGCUUGUCACAGGGGACUCACGUGGACGAGGCGCUCUUAAAACCUAGCUCCUGACUUUUCCUCAAGUUCAAUUUUUUGGGAUUCCCUCCCACCCCCAUCACAUCUCGUCCUUUUACUUGCCAGUUGUGACUAUUUAACCCAGUUUACCUCUCCUUUUUUCGCUUCUGCGGCGCGCAUCGCAUCGUCCCCGCGUCUUCCGCCUCUUCCUCUUUUGCUGCUUUCUUUCCUUACUGCAGCUCUCGGACUCUCUCUCUCUCUCUCUCUCUCUCUCUCUCUCUCUCUCUGCUUCCUGUUGUUUUUUUCUUUUAGGUUUUGCUGUUCUACUUAAAAAGCAUGCGAACAGUUUUCCUCUGUCGCCUGUGUGGCCACAUGACGAGCUGCCCUCAACAUUUUCCUCCGGUCCUCUGUCAGGUCUGACGCGCCUGUACCUGUCCAUGGUGCUGAAACGCGUUUCCGCGAAGAAACCGGCUCCAAGAUCUCCAGAAACAGUUCUUAUUUCUGCAUCUUUUCGUGUCCUGCAGGUGAGAUCCUUUCAGCGACGAGGUGUGUGAACUCAAAUCAGAAGGAGUUCAUCCUGAAGGAAGCAAGAAGAAUCGAUUGUGACUUCAGCGGCUGCAUCGAUUUCAGGAGGACUCGUCUUUUUUAGACUUGACAAAAACCAGAAAUCGGACGCAUGGACGGUUGUUAUAACGCAACUUAGACUGGAGAUAUUUUUCUCUGUAAACAACCAGUUGGGAAACUGGAAAUAGCGGAUGAAUUAUCUUUAUUUGUAGCGUAUCCAAAAGCAUUUUUGUUGGUGCAGGGAGGGGGUUCUUUCUCCUCUGCUGGAUCAACUGAGACUUCAACACCCCCCCUUCCUCCCUAAAAUAAAACUUGUCCUGAAUACCAAAUGGUAGUUUGAGGAGGCCGCGAUCAAGACAAUGGAGGCGUCCGCCAACGGGUCCAGUUUUGGCAUCGACUCGCUGCUGUCCCACAGGCCUGGAAGUCCGGUGUCCAAAGGGGACAGCCUGGUGGGGGAGUGCCGCUCGCCUCUGGAGUUCAGCCCGCGAUCAGACGUGGAGAGCGGCUGCUCCUCGCCUCCGUCGCCGCGGAGGGAGUGCGUGGAGGAGGUGGCCCAGAGGCAAGGUCACGGCGUCGGCUUGCCGCCGCACCUCCAGCACGCGCAGAUAUCGGCGGGGUCGCAGCAGAGGACCGUGACCUCGUCGUUCCUCAUCAGAGACAUUCUCGCGGACUGUAAGCCUCUGGCCGCCUGCGCGCCCUACUCCAGCAAUGGACAGCCGACUCAGGAGGCGGGGAGGCUGGCCUCGAAGAUAGCGGACGACUUUAUGGAGAAAAUCCACAGCAACUCGUCGUCAGACAGUGAAUAUAAAGUGAAAGAGGAGGGGGACAGGGAGAUCUCCAGCAGUAGAGACAGCCCUCAGGUCCGGCUGAAGAAGCCCAGGAAGGCCCGGACGGCCUUCACGGACCACCAGCUGGCCCAGCUGGAGCGCAGCUUCGAGCGGCAGAAGUACCUGAGCGUCCAGGACCGCAUGGAGCUGGCGGCGUCCCUCAACCUCACCGACACGCAGGUCAAGACCUGGUACCAGAACCGGAGGACAAAGUGGAAGAGGCAGACGGCUGUGGGACUCGAGCUGUUGGCGGAAGCUGGAAACUACUCCGCCCUGCAGAGGAUGUUCCCGUCCCCGUACUUCUACCCGCAGAGCCUGGUGUCCAACCUGGACCCCGGAGCGGCCCUCUACCUGUACAGAGGCCCCUCGGCGCCGCCGCCGGCCCUGCAGAGACCGCUGGUCCCGCGGAUCCUGCUGCACGGCCUGCAGGGAGGCAGCGAGCCACCGCCUCCGCCACCCCCUCUGCCCCCCAUGUCUGGCGUGCUUCCCCGGCCAGCUCAGCAGCGGUGAGCCGGGCCCCUGCACAUGUUUUUUUUUUUUCCUUCAUCGCCGACCUUGGCAGCUUGGGACUCAUUAGAAGAAAUAAAACAAAGACGGGAAAAGAUAAAAACGUGACGAACAAGACAAAAAAGAAGAAAAGAAAAAACUGCUCAGCCUUUCUAUGGUACAAAAAAAUAAAAACCGAUUUAGGCUGAACCCUGUGGACGGAGCUUUGUGGCUGACACUCAAACUGUCUGUGUGGAAGGAUUUUUUCUUUUUUCUUUUUUUGGGGGGGGGCAUGAGCUUUAUUUAUAUCUUAUUUAUUUUUCAAUAUGAAUCAAAGUAUCUAAGUUAUGUAUUUAUUUGAUCCCAAUUUCAGUAUUUUCAGUGUUUUGCUUAACAAAUAAAACUGUUGGUGGCACUUUGACCUCAGUUCAAAGCCGAUUAGACCCCCUAUUAUUAUUAUUAUUAUUAUUAUUAUUAUUAUUAUUAUUAUUAUUAUUAUUAUGUGGACGUUCAUGGAUAGUGGCAAACGCGGAUACCAAUAUCUUUCCAUGUAAUUUGAAUAUAAUGUAAGGGGAUCCAAAGGAACAAUUAUUAAUAAUUAUUAUUAUUUUAUUAUUAUUAUUUUUUGGUAAUUUUUUUGUCAGUGACUUUUUCCUUACACGUGAAGAACAAGAUGAUCAGCAGUCAUAAACAUGUAAAUAAGAAUAUUUUGCAUUUUAUUCGAAAGAGACUGAUUUUAAAAAGAAACUUUUUUCCCUUUGUUUGUUUGUUUGAUCUAUUAUAGUGUGUCUUUUUCCAGACCACGGUGAUCCAGUUUUAACAUAAUAGGCUAGAUUAGCCAUCAGAAACUAUACAGGUGAACGAGUCAGAAUUAAAAAAAAUUUAAAAAAUAAAUAAAAACAUAUUGUCUGAGAAAGGACGGAAGGACUAACCUGCCUGGACCCUCAUAUAAAGGCACAAACACGAGAGCUACGGAAAGAAAUAAAUCUAUAUAAAGUCUUUUUCUUGUUCUUAGUUGAAGUUUUAGCGGAGUAAAAAUGUCAAGUAAUUUAUAAAAAAGAAGCUGUUUUAUCCCCGCAGAGGGGUGAAUGGGGGGAGGCAAUCACCUCAGUGAUGUUUCUUUUUAUCUUUUUUCUUUUUUUUCUCGAAACAAACCGAUUGGACACGGGUCCACGUCCAGGUGUAACUGCCUGUUGAUUUGCUAUAGAUGUAUUUGAACAGACGUUGUGCAUUAUUACUUAUGUUAUUUCAUAUGACGCCGUGAUAACCCUUAACUGUUAUUACUCUCCUUUGGUGAAAAUGUAUAUUGCAGAUAUCAAACUUGUGGAGUGGUUCUCGUAUAUUUCCUGGAUCGUUUUUAAAUUUCUUUUUAAAUUUAUUUAUUUUUUUCUUUCCUCUCUAGCUUCCCCCGAACUCUCUCCCCCAUUUCGUGAAGUUCUUUUUUUUUUUUUCCUUUUUUCUUUUGGUGAAUUUCACAGCAAAAGUUGGACAGAAAAAGGGAGGGGGGAUUUGAUGUAAAAGAGAAUUACUUUUAUAAAUGUGGAAAUAAAAGUCUUUCAUUUAA